CCGCUCGCUCAGUUACUCGGUACUAACGAUAUGGAUAUCAAUAAUCGUGUGUUCGAGUUGGAACGAAGAGACGCAAGGAUGUCUCGUGGGGUGCAUCGGUUGGACGUCGUCCUGGUCUCGAUGCUGUUAACGACGAUGCUAGCCGGCACAAGAUCCACUUCCGUGCGUUGCGAGGACGCGAGACUUAGGUGCGCUUAUAGAACCGGAUGUGGAAUGGCUCUUCAACACUACGUUACCGGUUGCGCCUCCGUUUUGCAAGGUGACAAUUGCUCCGACGCUUGUCAGCACGCGCUCAUCGCUUUGACCAGUACCGACGAGGGAAAGGAGCUCAUGACGUGUCAAUGCACGCGAGACGACGAGCUCUGUCAACAAUCGAAGCAGAGGGUCGAGAUUUGUAGAUCGUCGGUGACGACGGCUAUGAACAGGACGAGGGUAUCCUGCAGGAUAGCCACGUGGAUAUGUAACGCGGAUGCCCUAUGUCAAACGGCUUUGUCGUAUUACAACAAAUUCUGCAAGAGCAUGUUCCACGGGAAGAAGUGCACUCACCGAUGUAGAAAUUCGAUCAACAUAUUGACGCGACAAGAAAAGGCGGCGAAGCUCAGUACCUGUCUUUGCGACGGUUCCGAGGAAUACGAUUGCAAGGGGAUCCAUCGUAAUAUGAAUACGCUCUGCUUCGGUAGGAUUCAUCACGAUUAUCGCCAAGUAAAAAAAGUCGUCGACGGGACUAGGACGAACGAGAUCGUUCGAACGGAGACGAACGUUCUUGGGAACGAGGUGCCGAACGAGGCCACGACCGUUCGUCCUUUCGUCGACAGGACGACGUUGGCGAUGUCCAUCACUUUGCUCAUUCUUUUUGCGAGCCAAGACUGAUGCCGAGUACCACCGAGUGGCAAGACGAGAUGUCCAAAUAAAGUACAGUACAGUAUUCCGCGAGUGAACGACCAAAGAGCAUUUUUCUAGGAAUGUUUACGAGAAUAAGCGCCGGACUAUGAACGCGGUCCAUGAAGAGGACGACCGCCAGAGAUAAAGCUGCCGCUUUUGUCCCCGAGUAUCCUAAUCGAAGACUGCGCUUUGCGUUAAAGACGCAAAGAUUUCCGAUAGAAACUAACCGCGUGUUCCAAAAAAUUCUGCAAAGAAAAUUGACCGAGGAGCAAGGAGACCGUUUUGCGUUGUACAUUGAUUAUGUAUUAUAUAGUAACAGAUAGGGUUAUUUGUUUUUAAUAUUGUUGCGUUAUAAGUAUUAUUAUUAUUAUUAUUAUUAUUAUUAUUCUUAAUUUAUGACAAAGCACGACCGAACAUUGAUCACAAUCGCAAAAGGUUAUUCUUCCCCUUUGAAGGGUGCGACUUUUUCAUUUGAUUUUUUUUUUUUCUUUUCAUUAUUCCAACUCUCCAAACUUUCUCAUCGACGAUGUAUCCCACCGUUUUCUUCACUAUGUUUUGAAGACCUGUCAAUUGAUAACAUAAGACGACGAGCGUACAUUCGUCCGAAUCGAAGGAAUCAUACGACGUAUUGUACGUUUAUUAUGCGAAAUUAAGCGCGAGUUACCAAGCUAUAUAUGCGUUUCGAAGUAAUCGUAUCUAUUCGUAACGGCGGAAAUACUAAUUUCUUCCUUUCUUUCAUAAUGCGAACGAUAAAGAGGUUAAUGAGAACUUUCGGAUUAUCUAGGGUGAUUGCGUAAAAAGAGUCGCGUUAAAGGUAACAUUGGAUAUGUCGAUAUUGGUUAUUAAUGAAAAUAAGAAAAAGGAACUUUUUCGAUGCUAUCGAAUACAUUGUCUAAGACUCUCUUGAAAAAUGAAAACUAACGAUAUAUCGAAUCGCGUUAUCAAAAAGACUUGUAACGGGCGACGAGAAUGUAACGAAGGUACAACAACUGUAAAUUAUUUUUAUCUAUUGUAGUUACUUUUAAUUAUUUUACGACUAUCGCAUUAUUUUUUUUCUACCAAUGGACAAUCGAGAGUAUUUAAUUUAAAUAAUAAAUAUAUUUCUUACCACCGUGUGUCGAUGUGUUGCUCGUAAGGAAGAAGGCCAGCCAGGCAGGCAGGCAGUUCAGUUAGCGAAGGGACAAAAUAAAAGAUCACAAGGGGCCACUCGAUAUCGGACAGGUGCACGAGCAAGACGAUUAUUAUCUAACGAUCGCGUAGCUCAUUUUGUAAACUGAGAUGAUCACGAAGAAUCGUAACAAUGCUCGUCUAACAAUUCUUUGGAUAUAAAUUUUCAAAACAAUUCUCUCUCCUCUCCUUUAAGAUUUCGAGGAGAGAGAGAGAGAGAGAGAAAGAGAGAGAGAGAGAGGGGGGGGGGCAAUAUUAUCAAAAAACUUGAUAGGUCGACGUAGAAAGAAAGUAGGAUACGAAUAGAGAGCACUCACCUUGGAUGAGUAGGUAGAUGUAUAAGAAAAUAAGAGACGCGAGAGUGUGAAGAGCAGUGCUUAAUGUCGAGGAAGGAGGAAAAGGUAGCGGAGAGUGAGUGAGUGAGUGAGUGAGUGAGUGAGUGAGUGAGUGAGUGAAUGAGAGAGUGUGUGUGUGAGAGAGAGAGAGAGAGAGAGAGUCGGAGGCGAAGGGCUAUGGGGCAUUCUAUUGAGCAUCAGCUGUUAUUGUGAACCAACUAUACGGAUCCAGCGUGGUGCUCUCGACCACUUGGCCACACACGUCGGUUUCUUUUAACAGACUUGGAUAUCGUAUAGCCGGUGUAAGCUCUACCUGAACACAUCAUCACGGUACUUCGGUGUAUUUCCCAAACGCGAAACGAUCCUCUUGGUAGCGCAGCAGCGGCUACUCUCCGCGAUUAAAGAAGUUUUCGAAUUGCUCGUACAAACGGACUAUAAAGUAUAAUAUCGUUGCUAAAGCUCGGCUCGUUAACGAGCGCACUCGCGAUUAUAAUUAAGAAUAAGACCGAUAUUUACGAGGGGGAUAUUUUGCACGAACCUCGCCCGCCGGCGCUAUAAUUAUCGAGAGUAAACGAUAUUUACGAGACGUGGAAGUAAUUAGCGUGGAAGUAAUAUGGUCCAGGAAUUUCUAAGAUUUCAACAUACCUUUCUUUUGCCCUAGAGCUACCUUCCAAUCGACAUUUCCAUUAUCUCCUCUCUUUCUCUACCGCAAAUUCGCUGUUAUUAUCUGCGAUGACAAUGUCUCUUUUCUAGCAACACGGUACUUGGAAAUUCGCGAGAACGAAUCCGGGAGAGUGAGAGAGAAAGAGUAUCGUGACUUGGCCGCCCUCUUUCACGGGUCGCGUCGCGAGUGAGACAAACGAAUAGAUUCGAAAGUCUCCAAGUCUUCUUGAGAGCUUACAAGAUAAAACCGUAUCGUCGUAUCGUAGAAUUCAUGGCGUUCGUUCGUUUUUCGUUGGCCUCUUCCAACGCGACGAUGGACUUUCGUAAACAGGAAAGGUAUUGCUGCUCUUGGUGCGUUUGGUAGAGGUAGACUCUUUCCCGCGCACGCCACACACACACACACGCACGCACGCAUGCACACACACCGAAGAGGAUCGAGGUAGCGUGCGCGUGUAUGAGGGAGAGGGCGGAAAAGGAAGGAAAGAA